GUGAAGCCUGGGCCAACAUGGCGGCCGUCAGCGCCGUGCACCUGGCCGCAGACGCGUUCCUGGUGUGCCUGAACCACGCGCUGAGCACGGAGAAGGAGGAGGUGAUGGGGCUGCUCAUCGGGGAGCAGGACGCGGCCGCGCGGCUGCUGCACGUCCGCUCCGUCAUCAUCCUGCGCCGCUCCGACAAGCGCAAGGACCGGGUGGAGAUCAGCCCGGAGCAGCUGUCGGCCGCGUCCAGCGAGGCGGAGCGGCUGGCGGCGGCCUGCGGGAGGCCGCUCCGGGUGCUCGGCUGGUACCACUCGCACCCGCACAUCACGGUGUGGCCGAGCCACGUGGACGUGCGGACGCAGGCCAUGUACCAGCUGCUGGACCGCGGCUUCGUGGGCCUGAUCUUCUCCUGCUUCAUCGAGGACAAGAGCACGAGGACGGGCCGCGUGCUCUUCACCUGCUUCCAGUCGGCGCAGGCGGCCAAAGGCCAGGACUUUGAGCGCGUGGAGGUGCCGGUGCACGUGGUGCCGCGCGACGCCAUCGGCCGGCCGUGCCUGGAGUCGGCCGUGGAGCUGCCGCGCAUCCUGUGCCAGGAGGAGCAGGACGCGUACCGGCGCAUCCACGCGCUGCCGCACCUGGACCCGCUGGCGCGCAUCCACAACGGCUCCGUGUUCACCAAGAACCUGUGCAGCCAGAUGGCGGCGGUGAGCGGCCCGCUGCUGCAGUGGCUGGAGGAGCGGCUGCUGCAGAACCAGCGCAGCGCCGCCGCGCUGGCGCGCGAGAAGGAGCAGCUGCUGCGGGAGCUGCGGGAGCUGGACGCAGCAACGCUGUAACCGCGGCAACGCUGUGGACGCAGCGACGCUGUGGACGCGGCAACGCUGUGGACGCGGCGACGCUGUGGACGCAGCGACGCUGUGGACGCAGCGACGCUGUGGACGCGGCGACGCUUUAGCCGCGGCGACGCUGUAGCCGCGGCGGCGCUGUAGCGGCGAUGCUGUGGACGCAGCAACGCUGCUGCCACGGCGACGCUGCAGCCGCCGCCGCGGCAGGCAGGGACUUUUACAAUAAAAUGGACUGUGUUUCAAGUUGAUUCCAGGCUAACAAGCUGUAAUUAUAUAGAUAUAUAUAUAAAUGUACACAUUAAUGAUGAACAGAUUUGAAAUGGGAAUAAAGAGGCGUGUCUCACGA